AUGACAACGACCAUCAAGCGCUACUGUGAGAGACCCGAGCUCAACAACCAAGGGCUAUUCGACUGCCUUGAAAGCCCAUUGGAAGAGAUCAAAGACCGCAGCACGCUCGAUCGAAGGCGAGAGGACAAGCAUGUCAUUCACAAGACGUCUUCUAAGAAGUUCAAGACCAACCCGCACGUCGCAUACGCAUAUUCGCAGAUGCCAGCGAACGAAUCAAGCCAGUUUAUAAUGCCAGAAUGCCCCUCGGGAUCAGGGUGCAGCGCUCGGGCGACUUUGCCACUACCAAGCCCUGAGGCCUCGCAACUGUUGGGACCUGAGGCUCUAGCAGCCUUCACCAAGCUGCUGAACGAUGCGGCCGAGAACUCCAGACCUGUGAUACCAUUAGGCGGUGGAGUCUGGGGCAGUCACGUACACACUAAGAAGUCGACUGCCAUGCUUGCGCGGCAUGCGAACCUGCAAUACUUUGCGACACCAGUCGAGGUGGCCCAGAGAACGAGACCGAUGCCACCCGUCUGCGAAACUGCCCCUACGACAUCGAUUUCCCCCAAGCACCCAUCACAUCGCGAGAUCGAUAUCCAGACACUCAACCCAGCAUCCAGCGCGAAGCAACCCCUACGUACCUCUGUUGUAAGACCUACAGAUCAGAUCAGUCUGGCCGGUAGUUAUGAGCCCGGUGGGAAGUCAUUCCCGCCACUCUCGCUGUAUUCUUCCUUCAUCUUCAUCUAG